AUACCUGAUGAUUUAGAUGAAAUUCGUUGUUUAUUCCGAGAAUAUCGAAAGUUUGUUGAUGUUGAUACAUGCUGCAAGGGAUUUCAACAGGUACUUAGAAAUCUACCAGGGAAAUACGCACCUCCUCAAGGAAGGCUUCUGCUGGCAUUGGACCAAGGAAACGUUGCUGGAUGUGUGGGACUCAGAGAAGUGGAACCUGGCAUUUGUGAAAUGAAACAUCUCUAUGUCAGACCAAAAUUUCAGGGGAAAAAAUUUGGUAGAGCUUUAGCUGAAACAGUUAUUCAAGAAGCUCGGAAUAUUGGUUACACACGGAUGAGAUUAGACACUCUGAAAGAGUUGAAAGCAGCCCUAUCUCUUUAUAAAUCAUUAGAUUUUAAGCAAGUCCACCCU